CUACGAUGGCGUUUCCGGUUUCUACUUUCACAUUUGUUAAAUAUUUAUGUAAUAUGUAAUCUAAUCAUGUUAACAAGACAGGAGUAACAACAGGACACCAGUUACUUUUUCUGUCACAAUGGGGAAUCAGUUGACGGGUAUAGCUCCGUCGCAAAUAUUACCUGUAGAACAGUACUUGACAGAUGUUUCUUCAGAAUAUGAAUUUGAAUGCAGCUUGGGUAGUACGCGAUUUUUCAAGGUAGCCCGAGCUAAGACAAAGGAGGGACUAGUUGUUGUGAAGGUGUUUGUGAUUCAUGACCCAUCUUUACCUCUCAAAGAUCAUAGAAUUUUUAUGGAAGAUAUUCACACACGACUGCAUGGAACUUCCAAUUGUCUCCCUUUUCAGAAAGCUGUGCAAUCAGAGAAAGCCGCCUUGUUAAUAAGACAGUAUGUAAAAGAUAGCUUAUAUGAUAGAAUAAGUACACGACCAUUCCUUAUCAACAUAGAGAAAAGAUGGCUGGCAUUCCAAUUACUCUGUGCCCUCAACCAAUGUCAUAAAAUGAAGGUUUACCAUGGCGAUAUAAAGUCAGAAAAUGUCAUGGUUACAGGAUGGACAUGGUUACUUCUGUCUGAUUUUGCCAGUUUUAAACCAGUCUAUCUACCUGAGGACAAUCCUUCAGAUUUUUCUUAUUUCUUUGAUACAUCAAGACGUAGAACUUGUUACGUUGCACCAGAGAGAUUUGUAGAAGGAGGUUGGAAGACUGCAGAGGUCGGAGGUCAAACUGCUAACCUUGACAUUACAGAUAGUAGUGAUGUCAAAAAAGGGGAGCUCACUCCAGCUAUGGAUAUAUUUUCUGCAGGCUGUGUUAUAACUGAGUUAUUUACAGAGGGAACCCCACCAUUUGAUUUAUCACAGUUAUUGGCUUACAUCAAUGGAGAAUAUAGUCCAUGGAAAGUUCUAGAAAAAAUAGAUGACGCUAGUAUAAGGGACUUGAUAAGACACAUGAUAAAAAAAGAACCAAACCACCGACUGUCUGCCGAGGAAUAUAUGAUACAACAGAGAGGCAAAGCUUUCCCAGAAUAUUUCUUCUCUUUCUUGAAAUUAUAUCUACAGAGGUUUGCUACUGCACCUAUUCUACCUCCUGACGACAGAAUUAUUAGAUUAAAAAAAGAUUUUUCUAAAAUAAUAAAGAAUUUAUGUGUUAAAGAAGAUCACUGUGAGGAAAAUGUUGGACUGGUUCUUGUGCUGUCACUACUGGAAUCCAGUUCAAGGAAAUUACACUUUUUUAACACUAAGAUAAUGGCUUUACAACUUCUACUAGACUUCUCUAAGUACCUAACUACAGAUAUUAUACUGGAUAGAAUAGUUCCUUAUAUGUUGCAUUUUGCAAAUGACCACUUUCCUCGAGUAAGAGCAGAGCUUGUCAGAGUAAUAACACAGUGUCUGAAAACCAUAAAAUCUGUUCCUCGAAGUGAUGCCAACAUUUUCCCAGAAUACAUUUUCCCUUCACUGUCAAAUCUGACACAAGAUCCAUCAGCUAUGGUGAGAGCAGCAUAUGCUGAAAAUAUUGCACAACUUGCUGAAACAGGCCUCAAGGUUUUAGAAAUGAUGCAGAGAAGUGAUUUAGAGGAGAAAGAAGAGGAAGAAACAGACAGCACAACAUUCCAGGCAAGCUAUGAUAUGGAGCUGUUAUCAUUACAAGAGACAAUUCAACAGAAGGUUGUGACCUUACUGAGUGACCCAGAUAAUAUGGUGAAGCAGGCGUUGAUGGAGAAUGGUAUAACCAGGCUCUGUGUAUUCUUUGGUAGACAAAAAGCCAAUGAUGUUCUGUUGUCACACAUGAUUACAUUCCUGAAUGACAAGACUGAUUGGAAGUUGAGGGGAUCUUUCUUCGACAACAUAGUUGGUGUGGCUGCCUAUGUUGGAUGGCAGAGUUCACCAGUACUUAAACCUCUAUUGGAGCAGGGAUUGAAUGACACAGAGGAAUUUGUUGUAUAUCGUACUCUGAGAACAUUACAGUCCCUGACAGAGUUAGGACUCCUGCCUAAAACCAUGCUGCAUGAAUUUCUACAGGAAGUUGUCCCAUUUCUGGCACAUUCUGGUAUAUGGAUCAGACAAGGAGCUGUAGGAUUUAUUUCUGCCGUAGCUAAAACAUUCAACAUUGCUGACAUACACUGUAAACUGUUACCACUAGUACAGGUCUUCCUUAAUAAAUCUGUUCUACAAAUCAACAAAGAGGUUUAUUUGUUAAAUGCUCUAGAAGGCUCAGUCCCUCGAAAGGUAUUUGAUUAUAUACUUAAAUCUAACCUGCUGGGAAGACUAUUUGAUACAUUACAAGAAAGACAAUAUAUGAGAAAAGUUUACAGAAAUAAAGUUACAUACUCAGAAAUGGACGAAAGCAUGUCACAGAUAUUCAGGAAAUUGUCAUCACUAGGUAUGGCUGAAGAACACGAAGAUAAAGUUCUGGCAAUGAAAGAUUACAUAAUCAAGCUUCACAGAAUCAGAGCUGGGAGACAUGCUGAACUGGAGAGAAGUAAAGAUUCUAAAAUGGAUGGAUCAACUGGUACCCCACCAAGGUUAGUAUUGACUGGUUCCCCACCAAGGUUAGUAUUGACUGGUUCCCCACCAAGUCGUGGAAAGAAGAAACAACAAACAUUAGAUAGUCAGACCUCAAGUUCUAUGAAUCCAGAAUGGAAGAGUAUGUUUGGAUCCAGUGAUUCCAGCUCUGCUACAGACUCGCCAAAAUCAAAAUCAGUUGUCAAGGCUGAAUUACUGGAGAAAAAAAUCAGUUCUAGUACAACUUCACUAACAAGCCAAGGAUCCUCAAACUCUGGAAGCUUUGUUACCAUGUCACAGGGACAGAUAUCUAUCCCAGAAGGCACUCUGGCAAGGGGAACAAUUGGGGCAAUUACUCAAGAUAUGAACAAAAUUAUGGCUACAAGAUACAACCCCUGCAAACUAGAGUUACGGAACUUGGUACACCAACAGAGAGACAGAUAUAAUGAUGAGAUCCUGUCCAAGGACUUACUGAUCGAUGAUUUGUCACCAUGGGAAAGUCAGGCUCCAUUGUCCAAUUGGAGACCGAAAGGUUUACUGGUUGCUCACUUACAUGAGCAUAGAGGGAGUAUAAAUAGAAUCCAAGUGUCAUGUGACCAUUCCUACUUUGCCACAGCCUCCAAUGAUGGCUCCAUAAAACUGUGGGAGUGUGACAAGUUAGAAGGCAAAAGUAGUAUCAAUAGAUCUAAACAGACCAUAAAUCUCAAAGAUGGUAAAAUCAACAGUUUAGUAUUCUGUGAGGGUUCCUUGUCUCUGGCAGCUGCUACGGAGAAUAACAAUAUACAUGUGUACAAAAUAGAAAGUGGUAAAGCAAAUGCUGUGAACAAACUAGAAAUAGAUAAAGAUGAAUUUGGUAAAGUUGUAGAUGUAACUCAUUAUGACACAGGGGCCCAGUCAGUACUGGCCUAUGCUACAGUAAAUGGGUAUAUUAUGGGAUUUGAUUUGAGGUCUAAUAAAGAAGUUUGGAAGCUGAAAAAUGAUCCAAAGAAAGGUUUAAUUACUACCUGUGCUGUACAUCACUCUCAGUGCUGGUUUGCUGUCGGAACCAGUAGUGGCAGUCAUGUUUGUUGGGAUCUAAGAUUCCAGUUGCCUAUUACCUCAAUAGAACAUCCAAUGGGAGCCAGGGUCAGAAAGUUAAUAGUCCACCCAAAGGAACAGUCAUGGAUUAUCUCAGCUACCCAGGGCAAUAAUGAGGUCUCCAUGUGGGAUGUAGAGACAGGAGCUAGACGCAAAGCAUUGUGGGCCAGUCCUGCUCCACCGCUGUCACAAAAACAGGCAAGUAACCAUUCUGUAUAUGGUAUGCAUAUGGUGAUGACAGAUAACAAUGUUAUAAUGUUGACAGCAAGCUCUGACAUGAGGGCCAGAUUCUGGGAUAUCAAUUAUCCAGCCAAUUCUUACAUUAUGGCCCCUGCUGCCAUGGACCCUGGUCAUCAACCAAGUGUGAGCUACAGAUCUCGUCUAAUUGAGGGCACAGAAGUUAUAAUAGAAACAUAUACCAAAAAACAGACUUUGACAAAUGAAGAUAUUCCACGCUGUGGACCAGACACUCCGGCCAUUGGACACCAUGAUGUCAUCAGUGAUAUAAAUACAUGUAUGGCUUCUCAGUGUCUCGUGAUAACAGGCUCUAGAGAUGGUGUUGUAAAAGUCUGGAAAUGACAUUGAUAUAUUCCAGAUCAAAUGUAAAACUAAAGGUCACAAGGACUUGGGAAUAAUGUUUAAAAAUUUAAUGUGAAGGUUAAAGGUCUAAUGUUAACCAAAGGUCACAAGGACAGUGCAAUAUGUUGUUCCUGAGAAAUAAACCAUUUGUAAUAAUUGUUAUGCCAAAUAUCAAUAUUUUUUAUAUUAAAACAUUGUGUUUGUA